AAUUUAUUCGCAGCUGAGUAUGAGGUCGGUACACCAGAGCAAGGUACGCCGUGUUCUUUCAUAAUACAUGCAGAAACUAAACGGACCGGAAACAUACUGUCUCCCACUUACCCCGGUACUUAUCCGAAAGAUCUUAUUUGUACCUAUCAAUUUGUUGGACAGAAAGGACAACGUGUACGGUUGGAAUUUCGUGACUUUGAUUUGUUCUUUGGGGGACCACAUUGUCCGCUAGAUUACGUGAAAGUGUAUGACGGUCCUAAUAAUUCGACCGCCGUUAUUGGUACAUAUUGCGGCCAGCAACGAAAUUUAGUGUUAUAUUCUUCGGAAAACAACUUGUUUGUGCUAUUUUCCACAUUGAAGCGCACAGCAAAUACGCAAAAUCGAGGAUUUAAAGGCAUCUUUGAGUUUUCAGAAAGUUUUGUGAGCCUGGACUUUAUAACGGAGUACCAUGGCGAGCAUAUCCGUGGAUCUGAAUGUGAUCAAAAGAUCCUUAGCAAGAAAGAAACAUCAGGAUAUGUAGUUAGUCCAAAUUUUCCAUAUCCUUAUAUACCAAAGGUUGUCUGCCGUUAUUUUAUCUAUGGUAUGCAGGACUCGCAACAUCUAGAGCGUGUGCGACUGGAAUUUUUAAUGUUUACAAUACAAAUACCCAAAGGAGAAACAACAUGUACCGAUGGCUACCUAAAAUUAUAUUUAAAAGGUCAAGAAGCGACGGAUUCUUAUGACAAAUUUGAUUACGAGAUGUGUGGUAACAAGAGCAAUCCGAGCCACAUAGUUAGCGAUGGACCGAGACUCGUGAUGGUAUUUAGUAGUGGGGAACUGCAAGCACAGGGCUUUAAAGCUAAGUACAUUUUUGAAACGGAAUACAAGAUACCAGGUACCGCAGCACCUGACGGCAGCUGCACCUUUACUUAUCGUAGCUCUUCUCGUAAACGCGGCGAAUUCAAUUCACCACGAUAUCCUAGCAAUUAUCCGAGCGAUACAAAUUGCACAUAUUUCUUCUUGGCGACGCCAAAUGAGCAAGUUGCUCUGAUCUUCGAUCAUUUUAAAGUUCGCACAAGAAAUGAUAAUGUGACAGUUGGACAUUAUGGAUAUGAACUCUGCCAGGAUGAUUGGCUGGAAAUUUAUAACAUGUACCGGGAUGAUACGGAGAAAUUGAUAGGGAGAUAUUGCGGUGUAACCGCGCCAGGACCAGUAGAAUCAAAUCUCGGUGCUCUUGGCUUAAAAAUAAUCUUACAUUCUGAUUCUGAGCUUGUCUAUAGUGGUUUUAAGGCACGUUACGCUUUUGAGAUUGCUAAACCUAUUUUUGGAGGUAUGUAUGUCUUUCUAUAAAAGAGAACAAGUAAAGAAAAAUAAUUAAAU